AUGGGCGCUGGUGAUCCACGCGACAUAUUCCUUGGUGGGUUUCUCCAAUGCUGUGAGGCAUUCACCCUCGGCAUGCCGUUUGAGGUUUGGAAGACCCAGCAGAUUUCUGGACUCUCUAAGGGUCAUUGGAGUAGUUCCUGGACCGAGUUAAAAGCUAUCUACGCGGCUGGCUGGCGGCGGUUUUAUUAUGGUACAGGGGCGAAACUGGUUGAGUCCGGUUUGAAGGGCUCCAUCCUGCUUUUUGGUACCAAUUUAACACUGGACAUUGAGCCGAAGCUUGGUAUUGAUCCUCACAGUGCAAUUGGUGGUAUGCUGGCGGGCUUUUUUGGGGGUAUUGCACAAACAGUCGUGAUGUCUCCCAUGUCCUAUGUUGUGACGUACAAAAACCGCAACCCUGAAUGCCAUUCAAUGAGCUUAUUUGCUGUCUUGAAGAGGUGCGGUUUUCGCAGUGCCUAUGGAUCCGCGCCUGCCAUGGCAGGAAGACAAGGAACAAACUGGGCCUUGCGGUGGCUUUUCGCAGUUGCUUUUACAAAAAAAUACAAGAAAUUCGUGGGACGGGAAAAAUUAACUGUUCCUGAAGAAAUUUUCUGUGGGAUGAUGGGAGGUGCAUUGGGAUGCGUCAACCAGCCAUUUGAAGUGCUACGGGUUUUGCAGCAAGCUCGUCAGGCCACAGGAGACAAGGGCGCGAAUACACGAAACUGCGCCGCAUAUGUGUACAAGACUUAUGGCCUGAAAGGCUUCUAUGCGGGCUUGAUACCAAGGAUGGGACUUUCCGCAUGGCAGACGUUGUUUAUGGUGACGUUUGCAGGAAUGAUUAAAGAGCGUAUGAACGCCUUAACUUAUAAGGCUGAUAAAAUUACGGUUUAA